AUGGACAAAGGAAGUCGACAUCUAACAGCAUUUAUCACCCCGUGGGGUCUUUAUGAAUGGGUGCGGAUCCCGUUCAGAUUAAUGAAUGCACCUGCUAGUUUCCAAAGAUUCAUGGAGCACUGCUUGGGUGACUUGAGGGAUGAAAUUGCUAUACCAUAUUUGGAUGAUGUAAUUGUUUUUAGUCGCACAUUCAAUGAACAUGUUGAUCAUCUUCGAAGAGUUUUGCGACGUUUAAAGGAACACGGCGUUAAGCUGAAACCGCAGAAAUGCAAUUUGUUUAAACGGGAGGUUUGUUUUCCGGGACGUAUUGUGUCAGAGCAGGGUUAUACUAUGGAUCCGAAAGGCAUCGAGGCUGUAGAAUCGUUGAAGGAUACUACACUGACAACCAUUGGAGAAGUAAUUAAGACCCCUAGUCGGACUUCUAGGUUAUUAUCGCCGUUAUAUCCCCAACUUCUCACGAAUUGCUAAGCCAUUGUACGAUCUCAUCAACACGGAUAAUAGCACAAGGCCCACUGGGGGCAAAAAUGGUCAUUUGGCAUCCUUCACAAAGAUCCACUGGACACAAAAACACCAAGAAUCUUUGGAGAAACUGAUCGGCUUUCUAACAAGCCCACCUAUCAUGGCUUAUCCUGAUUACUCAAAAUCUUAUGUUGUCCACACAGACGCAUCAAAGGAUGGUCUUGGGGAAAUCCUUUACCAAAAACAAGACGGAAAGAUGAGAGUGAUUUCUUAUGCAUCAAGGACACUGACUCCACCAGAAAAGAAUUAUCAUGCACACUCUGGUAAACUCGAAUUUCUUGCUCUUAAAUGGGCAAUAACCGAACAGUUUAAGGACUAUCUUUAUUAUGCGCCACAAUUUACGGUUUACACGGACAAUAAUCCUUUGACGUACGUAUUGACAUCAGCCAAAUUAAAUGCGACAGGUCUUAGAUGGAUCGGUGAGCUAGCUGACUACAACUUCAAUAUCCGUUAUCGCCCAGGUAAAGCGAAUGUGGACGCAGAUACGCUCUCCCGAAUGUCUUUGGAUAUGGAUUUGUACAUGACGUCGUGCACUGAAGAAACCACACAACAAGUUCUCCAGGCAACGAUAUCAGGUGUCCAAAUACAAGAAAAAGCUCCUUGGGUCAGUACCCCAACCGAUGAACCUACAGUACUUAUCAAAGAGACGCAGGGAAAGCCAUGCCCAAAGGCGGCCGACGUCCCCACAGCUCAGCAGAACGAUCCCGUUAUCCAAAGAGUUUUGCAGUUGAAAAAAACAACUGCGAUAACCUUCCGCAAACAGUGA